GUUCGCAGCUCAGCCCAGAGAGGUGCGGAGGGUACGGGUGGGGUGUGUCCCCUUCCCAACCUCCUCACCGCGCCCCUCAUCGUCGUAUCCGGGCUGGCGGAGGCUCCUCCGUGCUAGAGGGACGGGGUUUUGGAGGAGGAUGCAGAGAACCGGUAACGCCAAGGAGAAGGGCUGCGUGUUGCUUCACGCUACUUAGGAGCGGGCGGAGAUGGCCCCACUGCUAGCCCUGGGGCUGGUGGCACUGCUCGGCCUGGCCCGGGCAUGCCCUGAGCCCUGUGCUUGCGUGGACAAGUACGCCCAUCAGUUUGCCGACUGCGCCUACAAGGACCUUCAAGUGGUGCCCACGGGGUUGCCCUCCAAUGUGACCACCCUCAGCCUCUCGGCCAACAAGAUCACCUCACUACAGCAGCGUUCCUUUGUGGAGGUGACCCAGGUCACCUCCCUCUGGUUGGCACACAACGAGAUCCGCUCCAUCGAAUCUGGUACCUUCGCCAUCCUGGUGCAGCUGAAAAACCUUGACAUCAGCCACAACCAGAUCGUGGACUUUCCCUGGCAGGACCUCUACAACCUCAGCGCUCUCCAGCUGCUCAAGAUGAACAACAACCACAUGGCUGUGGUGCCUCAGGGAGCCUUCCACACCCUGAAGGAUCUCCGGUCCCUGCGCAUCAACAACAACAAAUUCACUGCGCUUGCUGAGGGCAUCUUCGACUCGCUUAGUUCCCUCUCCCACCUGCAGAUUUACAACAACCCCUUCGAGUGCUCAUGCAAGCUCCAGUGGUUGAAGAAGUGGAUGGACAGUACACUCAUCUCCAUUCCCGAGAAGGACUCCAUCACUUGUGCCCUCCCAGAGCAACUCCGAGGAGUGCCAGUGGGGAAGAUCCCAGACAUGCAGUGCACCUCCCCCACUGUGCAGCUCACCUAUUACCCCAAUCUGGACACCACAGAACUCUUUGACGGGUUCACCCUGACGCUGCACUGUGCUGUGACAGGCACCCCACCGCCUGAAGUGAGCUGGAAGAUUCGCACCUCCAGCCAAACCCUGGAGCUCAAUGGGAACCCGAAGGAGAAUGCUGGGAAGGACUUCCCCAAACAGGACCCUGAGCGCUUCUUGGUCUUCAAGAAUGGCACGCUGGUGAUUCCCCACCUGAGCAAGCGGGAAGAAGGCACCUACACCUGCCUGGCCACCAAUGAAAUAGGGAGCAACCAGACUUCAGUCAACGUGGCUGUGGCAGGCACCCAGAAAUACCCACUGCAGCCUAGGAGGGACACGCUGGGGGGUAAAGUACACCCAGGUGACAAGAAGCCUGGGGCCAAGGGAGCAAAGAACAGUGUGCUCAUGCCAGAUGAGAGAAACAAACCCUUCAGUCCUACCCGGCAGAGCCAGCCGUCUUUGGCAGCUGGGACAGAGUCCGUGGGAGAUGGGCAAGUCCCUUUCCAGCUUCCACCAUUUGAGAAGAAGUGCGGCUUCACACAAACCAGCAAGUACAUUUCCAACCACGCCUUCAACCAGAGUGGUGACUUCAAGCAGCACACGUUCGACCUGGGGGUGAUUGCCUUAGAUGUGUCGGAGCAUGAUGCCCGGGUGCAGCUGACGCCCACCUACCUGCAGCCCGAGAAGGUCCACCUCAGGAUCCUCUAUCUGUGCCAGGAGAGUAGCCAGGGCCACGCCUUGGUCCAGUGGUCCAAGAUUGAAGAAGGGGUAAAUUCGUACUGGUUCCAGGGCUUGAAUCCUGGCACCAACUACUCUGUGUGUCUCACCUACUUGGGGGAAGACUGCCAGGUCCAAGUGGUUUUCACCACCAAAAAAGAGAUCCCCUCGCUCAUCAUCAUCGUGGUUGUGAGUAUCUUCUUGCUGGUGCUGGCCACCUUACCCCUGAUGGGGGCCACGUGGUGCCAUCUCCUCUCCAAGUAUCAUGGAAAGACUUACAAGCUCAUUAUGAAGGCCCAGAACCCGGACCAGAUGGAGAAGCACAUGGCUGCUGACUUCGACCCCCGUGCCUCCUAUCUGGAGUCUGAGAAGAACUACAAUCCCAGCGAGGUGGAGGAAGCAGACGUGGAGGAAGAAGAUGAGGUGGGGGAGGAGGAUGACGAAGGAGGCAGGCGAAGGAGGAGAGAGGCUGAAGGGGCUGUAGAGCUGGAGCGAGAGGAGAGCGUGGCGGCCAGCUCCAUGGCAGAAUCGCAAUCCAAAGCCAACGGCGAGGAGUUUGAGGUCCGCUCCGAGUACAGUGACAAGCUGCCACUGGGUGCCGAGGCCGUCACCAUCUCCCAAGAGAUCAACGGCAACUACCGGCAGCGUCCCCGCUGAGCCAACUCUCUCCCCCUCCGCACCCCUCACUCCAGUCCCCACCUUCUCGCUCUCCCCUUCCCCCCCCCGCCAACCUCCCGAGGCACCGCCGCUGCUUUUCCUCCGAGGAAACACCGAAGUAUCUUCAGCCAUGCCCACCUGACCUUCCUCCUCCUCCUCCUCCCUCAGGUGGCAGGUCCCCGGGGAAGAGACUUGGCCCCGGGGAUGGUCGGUGCAGGCGGGACAUUUCUCCCAGGAUUUCGUUUCUGUUUUGAGUACCGGCGGUCACCGGCGCUCCCGCCUCGGCGGCAACAGCACAACGACUGCCGGUCCCCCGCCCGCCUCUGCUGUCCGAUCUCUCUCUGAUUUCUUUCCUCUUAAAGGAAAAAAACGAAAACAGAAGGAAAAACGGGUAAAAGAAAAAAAACCCGAUCUCUCAAAACCUUUUUUUUUUCCUGGAAACGAUUCAGUCCCCGGCGGGUCCCCGGCGCUCCUCGGUCCGCUCCCGCCUCUCCCUCGGUUCCCGGUGAGUCCCCUCCGCUCCUCGGUGUGGUCCUGCCGCUUCCUGGUCCGACCGCGCCGCAGCCCGCUGAGGUCCCCGCCGCUCCUCGGCGUUACCCGCCCCGCUCCCUCUCCUCGCCGCUCCCCCGCGAGUCCCCGCCGGGCCUCGGUCCCGUCCCUGGCACCCCUCGGUGGGUCCCCAUCGCGCUCCCGUACAUCUCUAAUUUCGCCGGUGGGUGCCGGAGCUUUGCGGUCCCUGCCGCUCCCCGGUGGUGCUCUCCGUUCCCCAGCGGGCUCCCCUGGUGCCAUUCCCUCCCCGCUGCCCGCUGGCUGCCGGUGCUCGGCGGUGCGGUGCGACACCCGGUGCGCUCCCGCCGCUACGUUCAGCACCCGGCGGGGCUGGACAGCUCCGCGCCCCCCUGGGGGGCGACCCGACCCCCCGCCUUCCUCGUCCCAGUCCCGGUCCCCUCUCGACCCCUCGGGGCCCCUCGAUGUGUGUUGGGUAGAGUAGCCUUGUAGCCAAGUGUCUGUGCCGUAGAUGCGCCCGUGCUGCUGGAGGGCGGGCGGGCGAAGAGGGGUCCCGGCCCCGGAAGGCGAGGGGAUCACUGCCGCCGCCCUCCCGCCUCCGGUCCCCGGGAGUUCUGAGGCCGGCGAGAGCCUCGGGCGUCUUUCUACGAGCUUCUGUCUGUGAAAGAGUCAAUAA